AUGAAAACAAUUCCUUUCCUUGCGACGGUUCUUGCGACUUUAUGCAUAGUAAAUGCCCAAGCUCCCACACCGCCGACGCCAGCGUCACCCCCAGUUGCUGCUCCGAGUGCCACUUUAAAUUUCAAUGGAAAAACUUCAACAUAUCCACCCAUGGAUCAAGUACCAGAUGUUAAAGACCCUCAAGUUGUAGAAUGGUUAAAAAAUUUGGAUUUGAAUAAAGUUCCAAACCUUCCGGCUUCAAAUGGUGGCGUAGUCAACAAACUAGAAGCUAAUUGUAAAGCCCCAACUGUAAUUGAACCAAACCAAGGUUCUUGGACUUGUCAGAAAUUCACCGCGGAAGAUGAUAUUCAACAAUGCCCAAAGACCGGCACAUGGGGAUUGACAUAUGAUGAUGGACCAUCAGUAGCAACACCCAAAUUAUUAAAUAAAUUAAAAGAAUUAAAUCUCAAAGCUACAUUCUUCGUUAUAGGUAGUCGGGUUUCCCAAAACCCUCAAAUUCUCAAAGAUGCUUAUGAUGCUGGACAUAAUAUCGCUGUUCAUACAUGGUCUCAUCCAUCACUUAGUUCCCUUUCAAAUGAAUCCAUUGUUGCCGAAUUGUUAUGGACAAAGAAGAUUAUUAAAGAAAUUAUCGGUGUCACUCCAUUAUAUAUGCGUCCUCCGUAUGGUGAUACUGAUAAUCGUGUUCGUGCUCUUACCCGUGCUUGUGGUUUGAAAACUGUCCUUUGGGUACCUGAAUUCGAUAGCAACGACUGGACUCUCACAGCAACUCCUCCCAAACCAAUCAGCAGUGUCGUAGAUACCUUUGAAACAUGGAUGCAAAAAUUCCCUACAAUGAGCACUGGGUUCAUCGUUCUCGAACAUGAUCUUUACCCACAAACCGUUGAAGCCGCACUUCUCGUACUUGAUAGAGCUGCCAAGGUUCCAAAUUUAACUAUUAUGACUGUACCUCAAUGUGUCGGUGAUAACGCUCCUUACCUAGAAUUGGCGGGUAACAAUAGUACAAUAAAUUCUUCUUCAAAUAACAAGUCUAAUAAAGUAACCUCCAAAUCUUCCCCUGAAACGGCCAAGUCUAGUGGUUCUAAUUUCUCUCCAAAAAAAUAUUCAUAUCAACAAGGUUAUUUAGGCAUCGAACCAUCCAGAGUUUCAGGAGUAUUAAAAAUUAACUAUUCAUCCACAAACCCUUUAAUGGCAAAAGAGAUUGAAAUAGUAUUUUCUGGUAAAGAAGAAAUCACUUGGACGGAAUAUCAACCGAAUUCUCGUGGAUAUACGACAUCCGUUGUUCAUUCGGAACAAGAUGAAUUCGCUCGAGACGAAAAAUUAAUUUGGAGUGCAGAAAAAAAUCCAAAAGAUUUUAACGAAAAAGAUCAUUAUGAAAGUCUAACUCAAUUAGAAUUACCUUUUUCAUUUAAACUUGAGAAUAAUUUACCUUCUUCGAAUAUUCUUGAAUACGAUGAUGGAUUAGGAAGAAUUUAUUAUCGUAUCAUAGUUGUCAUUUAUCGUAAAUCUAAUAUUCUAAAAUUACAAGGAAAGAAAAAGGUUGUAAAGUUCGCAAUUCCAAUUACCAGAUAUGCUAAACUUCCUUAUAAACCCGAAAUUAUUGAAUGGAAUGAGUUUAGAAAAGAUAGUGUAAGUUACGACGUGAAAAUUGGUUGUACCAUUUUCGAUAAAGGUGAAACGAUAACCGUUCCUAUUAAGCUUAUACUUCAUAAUCCAAAUGCUAAAAUAAAGAAAGUUGGUGCUGGAAUAAAACAAUAUACAAGAUUAUGGAAUGCUGGUUCUUCAAUUAAAUCAGAAAACAAAUAUCUUGCAUUGAAUGAAGUUGAAGGGGAUAAAAUCAACUUGGCCGUUGAUUCGGGAAAUGAAUAUUACGUAGAAAUGGAAAUAACGAUCCCCAAUAAUGAUUCAACAAAAUAUUCUACGAGUCGAAGUCUUAUCACUAUUUGGCAUCAAAUUAAAGUAAAAAUUAGAUUUGUAGCUGAAGAAGACAUAUUGUUAGAAAGGAAAGUAAUGAUCGUUAAUUUUCUGAAAAAAUAA